CAACAGACUGAUCAUAGACUUUGGGACAAAGGGCCUUCAUUUUAGCAGCUUUUAACCAAUUAAAUAUGAACUUUUAAAAAUAAGGAUGUUUCUGUGUGUGACUUUCCUGAUUCUCUUUAUGGAAUCUCAAUCAGAGGAUCUAAAGGUGUUUGGUCCAGAUGCUUCUCUUGUCGCUGACGCUGGUAAAGACCUGAUUCUGCCAUGUUUUAUCAAACCCAGUACCAGUGCUGUGGACAUGACAGUGCAGUGGAGGAAACUAGGUGAAAAUAACUCAUUAGUGCAUCUCUAUAAUAAUCAUGAAGACAGAAAUGAAGAUCAGGCUCAGUCCUACAGAGGAAGAACAUCACUGUUUAAAGAGGAGCUACAGAAAGGCAACGCUUCACUCAAACUCUCAGCUCUCAGAGUCUCUGAUGAAGGACAAUAUCAGUGUGUCAUUAAGGGUGAAUCCUGGGUGGAUGAUACUGCCUUUAAUGUUAGCGUUGAGGCUCAGGGAAGUCACCCAGUCAUCAUGAUGGAGAGUUAUGAUAACUCAGGAGGGAUUAAUCUAGUGUGUGAGUCCAGUGGCUGGAACCCUGCACCUGAGGUUUGGUGGCUGGACAGUAAAGGAGACCCUCUGCCUGCUGAAGAGACACAGAUACAUAGAGAGACUGAGGGCUUCAGUGUGAAACGCCGCAUCACUGUUCAAGAUUAUAGUGACUCCAACAGAUUUUACUGCAGAUUUCUACAAAACCGUCACAUGAUGGAAGUAGAGGUCAUAAUUAAUAGUAAAGUCUUUAAUGCUUGGAAGUGGGCUGUCGGCAUGUCAGUUCCAGCAUGUAUAACUGCUGUGGGAUUGAUAAUUACUGCAGCUGUUUUUUACAAGAAAGUGCUGGUAAAAUCUGAUUUUGAAAAAGUGAUGAAGAAAAUUGUAGGGCCACAGAGACGAAGGAUAGAACAAAAGUUAGCAGAGAUGAAGAAGUCUGCAGUGGAUGUGACUCUGGAUCCUGAUACAGCAAAUCCAUAUCUCAUCCUGUCUGCUGAUGGAAAAGAAGUGAAAAAAGGAAACACACGACAGAAUCUCCCUGAUACACCACAGAGGUUUUAUUAUUAUCGCUGUGUUGUAGGAAAGCAGAGUUUCUCCUCAGGGAGAUUUUAUUAUGAGGUUCAGGUCAGCGGGAAAAUAUGGUGGAUAUUAGGAGUCGUGAGAGAGAACAUUAACAGGAAGGAGGAGAUUACAUGGGGACCUCAGAAUGGAUUUUGGACUGUGGAACUGUGGGAAGGGAAUCAUUUUGAUGCUAAUUCUGGUCCUGAUGUCCUUCUCACACUGAGAGAGAAGGUGGAGAAGGUGGGAGUGUUUGUGGAUUAUGAGGAGGGUCUGGUCUCCUUUUAUGAUGUGAACUCCAGAUCUCAUAUCUACUCUUUUACUGGUCAGUCUUUCACUGAGAAACUUUAUCCAUUCUUCAGUCCUGGCUAUGCGGAUAAACCACUGAUCAUCUCUCCUGUGUGUAACACUGAGUAAAUUUUCACCUCACAGAUUUAAUAACCUGGUAAAAGUCAGAAUAAAUAAGAACUUAUUCUGCUUCAUUUUAGAAAUAUUUGUACAUUUGUACACACGGUUUACACUUUAUUAAUGUUCAUACCUGUUUAUUUUAUUUUUGUCUUGCAUAAAGAAAUUUAUUUAACCCCCUUAUAA